UUCAGGUGUAUGCUACUUUACAACUCGUUAGAGGAGCUGUUGACAUGGAGCGAGUGAUGUUAAAUGUGGGUGGCAGAAUGUUUGAAACCACCUAUGCCACGUUACACACCCAGCCGGAGACACGACUAGGAAAGCUUUCGAUGGACUCCAAUGAAUACUGUGAGGAAACAAAACAGUUCUUCUUCGACAGGAAUCCUGACUUUUUCAACUCGUUGUUGGACUUUUACAGGACAGGCGAACUUCAUUUGCCGAGUUGUUACUGUGGUGCCAGCUUACGACACGAGCUGUCGUUCUGGGAGCUACAAGAGGAAGACCUGUCAGAAUGUUGUCUCCAAGUAUACUACAAAUAUGAUAAUGAUAAAGAGACGAUGAAGACACUAGAAGCAUCUGUGUCAGUCCGGGAUCUGGACUACACUGACAAGGAGUGUGCAGCCAGCACAUUUGUGUGUGUGAAGCGGGCAAUAUGGUUGUUUCUGGAUCAACCAAAGUCUUCCUUUCUUGCUAAGAUGUUCAACUUCCUGUAUUUCUUCGUGGUGGUAGUUUCUAUUUUGAUGUUCCUGUUUGGAUCACAUCCCUGGUUCCGGUACGACAGAGAUUUUAGUGGGCACGACAAUGAUACGAUAGUGUACUGGUUGGCAGAAGAAAACUGGGAAAAUCCAAAAGAGAGGCUGGCCACUGUAACGGAGGUUUACCCAGCUCUCCUUUACAUAGAGAGAACGUGUAUGUUCUUCUUCACGGCCGAGCUUGUUCUCCACUUCUUAACGUCUCCUAACAAAAACCGAUUUUUCGGCAGCUGGAUGAACGCGUUUGACACUGUUCUCGUUAUUAUAAUGCUAAUUGUAUUCGGUAUGGAAACACGUCUUGAAGUUGUCAUUUCCAGUAGGGCAGGAGCCAUAGCUUAUCUCUUAUUUAAAUCAUCCAUUAUCUGCAGACUGUUCCGACUGUUUCGACUUGUAAAUCAGUACAGCGCUUUGCGGAUCCUAUUUGCCACUUUGCGAUCCAGUCUUAAAGAACUAGUGUUAUUACUUGCGUUGUUUCUCAUGUCGGUCACAAUUUUCGCUGGAUUCGUGUAUUACGCCGAAUUCGAGGAGCCUACUACUUUCCCAGACCUGUUCGUGGCAAUAUGGUGGGCGGUUAUUACCAUGACAACUGUGGGCUACGGUGAUCAAUAUCCAAAGACACACGCUGGUCGUGCAGUAGGCGUCUGUUGUGCAAUGUGUGGUCUCUUAAUCUUGUCCAUGCCUAUCGCUAUUGUCGCGUCAAACUUCAAUGACUUUCACUUACGGAAUAAAGACAGGGAACGAUUUCUUCUUAGAAAGCAGAAAAGGACCAAAAAGUCAUCUGUAUCACCAGUUUCACUAAAAAAGAAAGCAUGCUCAAUGGCUUCCUUGGUUGGCAAGAUAAACGCUACAGAUGACGACAAUGGGGGAAAUGAACUUCGUGACUUUCACCAUACCUGAAAUGCCUCAUGUUGAUUUCUGAUGGUGAUGUUACUUUGUAGUCAUACCGGUCUGUAUGCAUCAGUGACCUUGAUUCAUUACGUGACAUUAUGCUUAAGGUCGUUUAUAAAUGAUCUUCAAUUAACAAUUAUCGUUAGAAUAUGAAAAAAAGAAAGGUUAUUAGAUAAAUGUUACCAUGGCGUUAACGCACGAGACCAAUUAGUCGAUAACAAAAGAGUUAAAAAUAACAGGGAACCAAACAAAACAUGGAAAACAAAACUAUAAAAAAACAAAUCUCAUAUUUUACCGGCCGAUUUGUUUAUAAUUUGGUUUAUGUUGUGCGACAGCAAAGAUUGUAAGGACAAAGUUUGAAGCAAGCUGUGUGUUUGGAAGUCUAUUUAUUUCCUUAAUAAACUUAUUAUAAAGUCAAUUACUUGCUAAAAGAGAAACCUGUAUUAUCAGUA